AAACCAAAACUGCCACACCAAAUCUCAAGGGGGAAAAGCCCAUCAAUUUCAUUAACUUUCAACCACCAUUUCUGUGAGAUCAGUGCAUGUUACUGCGUGUAUGUGAAUUCUUAUUCGAUCUUUAAACUCAGUAAGAUACUGCAUGCAAAUGCGUGUGAAUAUUGAAAGAUGAAGAAUAAAGAUGUCUGAUUACUCUGAUCCUAUAAUGGGUGAUGAAAUUGGAACUGGCUCUGAAUAUCCUUCAAUGGAAAAGGUUCAUGAAUCCGGGGUCAAUAAUGGCCAUGGCCAUGACUAUUCUUCUUCCUCUUCCGACGAACACGCACAUCGACAGAUGUUUCAUCUCUUCGGCCGCCAAAAACCAAUUCAUAAGGCUUUCGGUGGUGGCAAACCUGCUGAUAUUGUACUUUGGAGGAACAGGCAGAUGUCUGGAGGUUUGCUUGCUGGUGCAACCGUGAUAUGGCUUCUGUUUGAAUGGAUAGGCUAUCAUUUGAUAACUUUUCUUUGUCAUUCUCUUAUUCUGUGUUUGGCCACUACUCCAAUCUCAAUCCCAAUUCACCACUAA